ACACUCGUCACGAGACCGCUUAUGAUCGUUAGUCAUGGAGAAAAGUGUUCGCAGUUCUCCAACAGUGAUCGGCUAUCAGAUGUAACGGUGUUUAACAUUAAAACCAGACACUACCCGUCGCGAACAUGGCCAACAUCGCGAAGAAAGUGUCGUGGUCGAGCCGUGGCGAUGAUCGCGGAGAGAGAACUCCACUCUUGAAUGGAGCUGAGGACAACAAACAGUUCUCCAGUGGCCCUAUGUUUCAUGUAGGCAGGAUGAGUACUGUGGAUCUAGAGGAGGAGAUCACACCUGAAGAGGACAUUGUGAGAAGUCGACUAAAGGAAAUCCCUCACAACGAAAAGCUGCUGUCCCUCAAAUAUGAGAGUCUUGACUAUGAUAACAGCGAGAAUCAAUUAUUUCUGGAGGAAGAAAGACGGAUGAGUCAAAUGGGCUUUAGAUGUCUGGAGAUCAGGCGAUGGGUGAUCUGCGGUCUCAUAGGAUUCCUCACUGGUCUCAUCGCAUGCUUCAUAGACAUUGUCGUAGAAAAACUUGCUGGGGUGAAGUACUUUGCUGUCAAACAGAGUAUAGAGAAAUUCACUGAAAUGGGAGGCCUGUCCAUCUCUCUGUUACUGUGGGCAGUCCUAAACUCCGCUUUUGUGAUGGUUGGCGGCAUCUGUGUUGCUUUUAUCGAGCCUAUUGCGUCAGGUAGUGGAAUCCCGCAGAUAAAAUGCUACCUGAAUGGAGUGAAAGUCCCUCGUGUGGUUCGGCUUAAGACUCUGGUGGUAAAGGUGAUUGGGGUGAUCUGCUCUGUUGCUGGAGGACUCGCUGUAGGAAAGGAAGGACCCAUGAUUCACUCGGGGGCUGUGGUGGCCGCAGGUGUGUCUCAGGGCAGGAGCACUUCUCUAAAGAAAGACUUUAAGAUGUUCGAGUAUUUCCGCAGGGACACGGAGAAGCGAGAUUUCGUCUCAGCAGGAGCGGCUGCCGGGGUCUCUGCUGCUUUUGGAGCCCCUGUUGGCGGUGUUCUGUUCAGUUUGGAGGAGGGCGCAUCUUUCUGGAACCAGAUGUUGACCUGGAGAAUUUUUUUUGCAUCAAUGAUCUCCACUUUCACGCUGAACUUUUUCCUCAGUAUUUACCAUGAGAAGCCAGGAGAGCUCUCCAGCCCCGGUCUCAUCAACUUUGGCCGCUUUGACAGCGAUAGUGUGGAAUAUAACUUAUAUGAACUUCCUCUCUUUAUUAUUAUGGGAGCUUUAGGAGGGUUGCUUGGAGCAUUGUUUAAUAUCCUCAAUUAUUGGCUAACAAUUUUCAGAAUAAGGUACAUCCACCGACCGUGCCUGCAGGUGAUGGAGGCCAUGCUGGUCGCCGCGGUGACCGCCACGGUUUCCUUCGCCAUGAUUUAUUUUUCUAACGACUGCCAGCCAUUACCAUCGGACAGUACUGAGGAAUAUCCUCUACAGCUGUUCUGUGCUGACGGUGAAUAUAACUUAAUGGCGACGGCCUUUUUCAACACACCUGAGCGGAGUGUGAGGAGUCUCCUCCAUAACCCUCCAGGCUCUUACAACCCUCUGACCUUGGGGCUUUUCACAUUGGUUUAUUUUCUACUGGCCGUCUGGACGUACGGUCUGACGGUGUCGGCAGGAGUGUUCAUCCCCUCUCUUCUGAUUGGAGCAGCCUGGGGUCGACUUUGUGGGAUCCUCCUAUCUUACAUCGCCGCCACCAAAUCAAUUUGGGCGGAUCCUGGAAAGUACGCUUUCAUAGGUGCUGCGGCCCAACUUGGUGGUAUUGUGAGAAUGACCCUCAGUCUCACAGUAAUCUUGGUAGAAGCCACUGGUAACGUCACCUACGGCUUUCCUAUCAUGCUUGUGCUGAUAACUGCCAAGAUUGUCGGGGAUUACUUUAUAGAGGGCCUGUAUGAUAUUCACAUUAAACUGCAAAGUGUGCCUUUUCUUCACUGGGAUGCUCCUCCCACUUCUCAUUGGCUGACUGCUAGGGAGGUCAUGAGCUCUCCGGUAACCUGCUUUAACCGAGUGGAGAAGGUCGGCACCAUUGUGGAUGUCCUGAGCAUCACAUCCACCAAUCACAACGGCUUCCCAGUGGUUGCCCAUACUACUGGAGAUGAUGAGCCAGGCAAACUCUGCGGCCUUAUUCUUCGCUCGCAGCUCAUUGUUCUUCUCAAACAUAAGGUGUUUCUGGAAAGGGCAACCUCACGACUCCAGAGGAAGCUACAGCUGAAGGACUUCAGAGAUGCAUAUCCAAGAUUUCCACCCAUCCAGUCCAUUCACGUCUCUCAGGACGAGCGGGAGUGCAUGAUGGACCUGACCGAGUUCAUGAACCCAACCCCUUAUACUGUGCCUCAGGAGACUUCCCUCCCCCGCGUGUUCAAAUUAUUUCGAGCGCUGGGACUGAGACAUCUGGUGGUGGUUGAUGAUGAGAACAUGGUCGUGGGUCUGGUGACCAGAAAGGACCUUGCACGUUACCACUUGGGUAAACAUGGGCUUGAGGAGCUACACCUGUCUCAAACAUGAUUGGUUGUUAUGUGCGCUUUAUACCCUGCCUUCAGACCACCAGCUUUUGGACUCAGGAGCUGGUCAGAGUCUCUCUUGUGUCCAAGAUGCCAAACCUGCACAACAUUUGUUCCACUUUCAGCAUUUCAAGGGCUCGGUUAUUUCAAUAAUACAUGUGUAUACGUUUUUACUUGUAGGAUUGCAACUUAAGAGCACAUUAUGUUGUCAUUAGUUUUGCACUGUGUGUUUAUUUAUUUCAUGUUAUAAAUUUUAGAGUAUAGUGACAAUGCGUAUCGACAUAACAUAAGGUGUGGUGAUAAACAUUGUUAUUAUUCAUUUAGUAUAUAAAUUAUGAAUAUUUCAGAUACAGACCGCUAUUGGAUGAAAGUAAGUUGUGAAGGUGUGGAAAAAUGCAGAAGAAAAUACAUUUCACACUCCUCUAAUCCCCAUUGUAGCAUUGAGAAAUACCUUUAUGUGCAAUUAAUAUAGCUCUAUGUUAUAGGCAUGCAAAUACGUUUAUUAACUUUUGUACUUUUGUUCUGCUGCAUGUUGUUUAGGAUUUUUAAAUUGUUUUCUUUGUUAGAUUGAUCAAUUUAUUUUGGUUUCAGAAUUGUUAGGGAAGGUCAAACCCUACAAUGAUUAAAAGAGUCCUGUUCACACGAUGCCUAUUGCUGACUUUACAUUGUCAUGCUUUGGUACAAACUACUGGUUUUAUAUAGCUUGUUUACUGAGUGCAAGUAUGGCUCUAAAGAAGGAAUUUUCUGACUUAAGCUAUAUGUUUGUUUUCUGUGAAAAUCUCUACUUUAAAUUGAAAAUAGAAAUCAUUAUUGAACAUUUAAAGAUAAUUAUGCAAAACAAUGGACAAGCACUGAUUUUUCUUUAAGUUAGAAUUGAAUGAAGUAUGUUGUUUGGUUUUGUGCCUAAAAUCCCCUAUGGUUCGUCAUUCAAAAGUCAACAUUUUUUGUUGUUGUUUUAAUUUAUCAAUGAUCUUUCUCCCUGCUGAUCUCUACUUUUUAUAUGAUCGUUAAUUUGAAGUAAAAAAUGUUGAAUUUUAUAACCAUUUGAACAACUUUGUGAACUAAUAAAGGUACGAAUUAUUCAA